AUGGCGAUGAUGAUGACUGGCCGUGUGCUGUUGGUGUGUGCCCUCUGCGUGCUGUGGUGCGGUAUUGAUGGAGUUGCUGAGACCGAGGAACCUGAAAUUGGAAUAGUGCCCGGUGUGGAUGAGUAUUUGGUUGUGGAGUGGCGCUCUCAGCUGCGGAGGGAAUGCGCGGAGGAGGUCAGCAGGAGGACGGGAGGCAGGGCGAAUGCGUCCACCGUUGAGGAAUGUGUGCGUGAGGGAAUGGAGGGUUUGCGUGCCGUUGUGGAUGGCCGUCGUCAUUGGAGACAUCAGCGGUAUGCCGCUGCCGCUGCUGCUGUUGCUGCUGAAGAAGGGGAUGCCACCCCGGAGAAUGAUGACCAGGCGAGGAAUAACGAGGAUUUGCUGCCCGAAAAAAAAGAUGAAACACCGGUGACUUCAGGACAAGGAUUAGCAGAUGCAACAACAGUAAAGGAACGGACGCCACAUAAUCCUGCAGCCGCUCCUGUGUUGACUAAAAACGGAGCUUCAGAACACCAAAAAGAACGUGGGAAAGAGACAAAGAACGAAGAAAAAGCCGAGGAUGAGGAGGAAGAAACAGAGACACGCGAAACAACAACACCAGCGGGAGGAGGAGGAAUAAAAGCACCAUCUGUUUCUGCUGGUCCUGGUGUCAUUCUUACUUCGGGGUCUUCUUCUCCUUCUGGCGUUGAUUCUUCAUCCAGCAUUGGUGGUGAAACAGGGCCUACAAUCAGUACUUCAUCCAAUACAGUUGGGAAAACUUCGAAAGAAGAUAUGGCACUACAAGCAAAGGAGAGUCAACACGCCCAGCUAGGCGACGGAGAGGCAGCAGAAACACUCAACGACGGAUCGCAACAAAACAGUUCUGCUCCAUCACCAACGGGGGACCAAAAUGACAACGGCGCCGCCACGUUGAGUGCCGAUGGUUUACGCUCUUUGGGAGUACAAAUAGCGGUAAAAGGGGAUUUAGAAGCUUCCCGAACAGAAGAACCAUCAGAUGGUCCAAGUACAAACCUACCAGAAAGUGGAAGGGCUCCACCGGAAUCAUCACAAGCAGCAGCAGCACCAGAACCCACGCUUCAGCACAAAGUAAUAACGUCAAUAAAAGAGGAGACGGAGAGCGAGAACAUGGAUGCAUCCGAAAAUUUACCUGGGGCGCCUAAAAGAAGUAACGAAGAUCCUGCAUCCACAGCCACCACAAUGCAGAGUACAUCAACUGGCAGUCAAGAAGGAGCAGCUACGCCGUCUACGGAUGGAAUUCCUCCACUUCAGGAGGAAAAACUCAUUGGAAACAAUACUACUGAGAAUGUUCAGCCUUCAGAUACUGCAGGGACUGAAAGACUCAAAAGUGUAAAUACAUCUAAGGUUGGCGACAGUGACGGCAGCACCGCGGUCUCCCACACCACCUCCCCUCUUUUGCUUCUUCUUCUUGUUGUUGCGUGUGCGGCUGCUGUUGCGGUGGUGGCCGCGUGA